AUGAGUCCACGACAGUUGAUGGCCCUCAUCGUACUCGCUACGGCAGUUUUAGCUACUAUAGCGACCUCGAACGUAAUCGUUGUCAUGGCUGAUGAUCAGGACAUACUCCUAGACUCCAUGUCAGUCAUGCUGAACGUCAAGAGUCUCAUCGCAGACAGAGGCAUAACCUACGAACGCCAUUACUGCACCGUCUCCUGGUGCUGCCCUUCACGAGUCAACUUCCUCACCGGCAAGGCUGCACACAACACCAAUGUCACCGGCCUCGAAAGUCCUUGGGGUGGGUGGCCGAAAUUCGUCAAUCAAGGCCUCAACAAGAACUACCUUCAAGUCUGGCUCAGCGAUGCUGGUAUCAAUACGUACUAUGUCGGGAAGUUCAUGAAUGCGUAUACGACCGAGAACUUCUACACGCCAGCGCCGAGGGGAUCGACGGAUUUUAGUAUGCUCUUGGAGCCUGGCUGCUACGAUUUCUUGAAUUCGAUCUGGAAUGAAGGGAACAAGGUCGUGAAAAAGCCUGGUGUACACACGCAAAAGAUCACAAAUGACAAGGCUUUGCAAUAUCUUGACGAUGCCGCCGAGUCCAAGAAACCAUUCUUUCUCAUGGUGGCUCCAGUCGCGCCUCACGUCGAGAUAACGCAGAGUGGUGUUGUGAUUAACCCACCUCCAAUGCCCGCACAGAAAGGAUUGUUCAACGAUCGAGUAGCUCCAAGAAGGAAGAACUUCAAUCCCGACGUAUCGAGUGGAGCCUCUUGGGUGGCAAACAAGAGAAAGUUGACAGAGAAGGAAGUGAAGGCUGGUGACGCACACCAUGCUUCCCGGCUCCGAAGUAUCGCUGGCAUCGAUGACAUGGUCAAAAUGAUUGUGGACAAACUCAAAGACAAAAAGCUGUUGGACAACACCUACAUCAUCUACACGUCUGACAACGGCUACCACAUCUCCAACCACCGCCUGCUCCCCGGAAAACGCUGCGGCUACGAAGAAGACAUCAGCAUCCCCCUCCUAAUCACCGGCCCCGGCAUUCCACAAAAGCAAACCUCCCGAAUCGUAUCCAGCCACACCGACCUCGCCCCAACGAUCCUCAAACUCUUCAACAUCCCCCAACGCCCCGACUUCGACGGCUCCGUGAUCGAAUACACCUCCAACGCCCUCAAAAACUCGAAGCGCAAAGAGACCGUCAACGUGGCGUUCUGGGACUCUGACGUUGCGCAUGAAAGUGUGGAGCAGAAGAAGACGACAGCCGCGCAGGUGUAUAAUAAUGUGUGGAAGUCGGUGCGGUUGCAGACGGCGUAUGGGGAUUUCUAUUACUCGGUGUGGUGUGAUGGGUCGAAGGAGUUUUACGAUAUGGAUGACGACUUCGCCCAAAUGUCCAACCCCCUCCGCUCUCAAGCAGCGACAGCGGCGUACGCGAAGCAAUACUUCUCCCGCCCCUUUCCGCAACUCCUCGCGCGCCUCGACACCCUCCUUCUCAUCACCAAAACAUGCAAAGGCGACUCCUGCCGCAACCCCUGGCGCGUGGCGUUUCCCAACGGCAAAGUCAAGUACUUGUACGAUGCUAUGGAUGCGAAGUAUGAUGAGUUUUUCGCGCGGCAGCCGAAGGUGGACUCUGAGUGUGUGCCCGGGGAUAUUCGGGAGAGGUCUGGGCCGGCGGAGGUGAAUGUUUUUGGUUGGGGAGGGAAGAGGGAGAGGGAGAGGAGGGGGUUGUGGGAAAGGGAGGAGGGAUGUUAG